UGGCGCAAUCAUCUCGCAUGGAGGCACCGACUACACCCUUGUUGGAAUCCUCGGCGCUGGUGGAUCUGGCCGCGUAUUCCGCACGUAUACACAAGAAGGCGAGUGGUUCGCAAUGAAAAUUAUCCACAAGCCGAUGGCCUACCGUCAUCCAGAUGGCCGACGGGGAAUCUUGAACGAACAGCGCAUCUGGGAGCGCGUUGCCCUUGGCAAGCGAGCUUUCUUAAUGCCGCUACUCAAAUCUUGGGACGACGAGGAGAAUGUUUAUUUCCUCAUGCCGCUCUACCAUCAAAGUCUCCUCCACAGGCUCAGCGAAAUGAACGCGAGUCAAGAGAAUCACGACAUGAAGCUUUAUGCAGCUGAAGCGGUUGCCGCCCUGGCCAAUUUACACGCGUUGGGCAUUGUACAUCGCGAUAUCAAACCGGAAAACUUCCUCAUCUCGCCGAAUGGUCAUCUUGUGCUGGCUGACUACGGGCUUUCAUGGGCGAGCAGGGACGCGAACGCCGAUAUGACCGGCCUCGGCCUGAACUUCUUUACGGGGACCGCGGGAUAUUUCGCACCCGAAAUGCUCGUGGCGGAAACUGUCGGGUACGGCUGCCUGGCGGAUGUCUGGUCGCUGGGGAUCUCGCUGCUUGAAGUCCAUCUAGGCAGGCGUGUCACACUCUUUCAUGCAUCCUCGCGCUCGGAAGUGAUCGCGAAGAUGAUGAGUCGUGACAUCCCGCUGCAUCGCGUGUACGACAGCGGAUUCCAGGACCUGCUUUGUAAAAUGAUCGUCCGCGAUGUCAACAAGCGCUGGUCUGCGGCGAAGCUCAAGGAACAUCCCUAUUUCGAGGGGAUCGACUGGGAGAUGCUUGAAGAGGGUUAUUACAGACCUGAUUACCGCCCCGCCACCCCCACCGCCGUCCAUCCGCCCUCGGCACUCCGUUUUACCACCUUCCACCGCGGUAUCGGUAUUCGGGACGACUUAUCCGUGCACCUGGGGUCAGAUGGGAUGAUCCUCCCGAAUUGCGCCGUUCUUGCGCAACUCGAGCUCGACAGGAGCGAGCGGCACACCGCAUUCACCUUCCGGCACCCGUUCGGUGCGGUAUCCCGGAUCCUGUACGAUGCACCGCCACGGCCGCCCCUGCCAUUCCGGUUCAGGCUCAGACUGGACCCACCUCCGGCGUAUGUCGAGGACGAGGAUGAGUCGGACGGCGACCUGGGGGAGACGGCUUAUACUCAAGAGGACGAUGACUUUUUCAGUGACGAGGAGGAGAACGGGGCCAACGGUUGCGGCAACACUCCCCAUGGCGUGUAAAAUAUUAGUCUCCAGCAUUGAAUAUCUUUAGAGCUCAAGUAUUUUGCAUUGAUG